AAAAGCCUUCCAUUUUCAUUCUACUUUGAGCUUUCACUUCCUCAUUUUCAGCGUUCUGCAGUAAUUCUCUCUCUUUAUCCCUCUCUUUUCGAUUUUAAUCUCCUUUCUAUCAAAACCCUAAUUUUUGUUAUUUUAAAACUUCUGUUUUUGAAUUUCAACCGCCUAUUCCCCCAAAUGUUAGGUUUACCCGUUAAAACCUCCUUGAUCUUUUUAAUUAAAAAAGUUUGGAAUCCGUUAAAAUCCAAAUUUCAAUCCCUCCCCUCUCAAUUGCCGACAGAAACCCCAAUUCUCAAAAUUGCUUUUAAGUUCUGAGUUUAUCAAACUAAUUCUCAUCCCAACUCAUCAAACACAAGUUUUCGAAGGUUUUGAAACUCAGGAUUUUGAGUACAAGCAACUCAUAAUUUAGAAUUUCGAGUACAAGAUUUCCAGGGAUAUUGAGAUGGCUUCGGAGGGAGAGGAUGAAGGAAAGUUAGUUGGAGGGAGCAAGAAUUUGGUUGUGGAUGGUGACUUGAGAGAGAUGACAAAAAUAGCAGCUUGGAGUGUUAGUUCUAGCAAGCCUGGUAAUGGAGUUCAGUGCCUCCGGGAUGAUAGUAUUGAGACCUAUUGGCAAUCUGAUGGAGCACAACCUCAUCUUAUAAACAUUCAAUUUCAGAAGAAAGUGAAAUUGCAACUUAUUGCACUCUAUGUUGAUUUCAAGCUUGAUGAGAGCUACACACCGAGCAAGCUCUCUAUUCGGGCUGGUGAUGGCUUCCAUAACUUGAAGGAAAUAAAAGCGGUGGAGCUAGUCAAACCAACUGGCUGGAUGUCUAUCUCAUUGUCCGGAAAUGACCCACGGGAGACUUUUGUUAAUACGUUUAUGCUGCAAAUUGCUGUUUUGUCGAACCAUCUUAAUGGGAGAGAUACCCACGUGCGCCAGAUCAAAGUUUAUGGACCUCGACCGAAUCUAAUUCCUCGCCAGCCAUUUCAGUUCACCUCUGCUGAGUUUUUGACAUAUUCAUCUGUCAGAUGAGGACAGUGAGAUGCUACCCGCCUGCCUGAUUGCAUCGUCACUUAUGUAUUUAUUGUUCGAACAUACAUCUGGGGUGUUCAUUUAUUUUUCGACUCUCAUUUGGGACCGACAGAUGAUGAUUCCCCGAUUUGCUUUGUGGAAAGCCGUAGAAUUUAGCUAAGGUUUGGCUUGAUCUGAUGCCGUCACCAUUUUUCUAUCCUGAACAAAUGUAUUAUAUUGAGAUAAAUCUACUGAAGAACAAUGUCCAAGACCCUUGCACGAAUUGCAAGCUAUUCGGCCAUGGAAACAUCACACAUACUAUCAAGCCGAAGUUGCAUUAAGGUAAAUCGGUUGCUUCUGGCAGAUGUUAAUUUCGUUGGCUUCGAUUAUGUGUCAAGUAUUUAGUGAUAUUGUAGUUUGCACUGAUAAAUUAUAGGUGAUUUCAGUCAUUUAUGGCAACUUCGUUUUGGAAUUACAAUUUUUCAAAAAAUCUCCCUAUUUCAGGAGUUAAUAUUGCAUUAGAUCAUAAAUCAAAUAGUACAAUCUACACAAGAAAAAAAAAAAUCAAAGUUUACCUAAUUCUUGCAUAUUAAAAAUGCAUACAGACUCCUAGAAUUAAUUUUCUUUGGGGCUUUGUGGUGAUGGAGAUGGUGGCGGCGGCAGCGGUCCUUCACUCCUUACGAGGAUUAAGGUUUGAACUUGCUUACACAAAGGUUUACAGCUACCUUUGCAUAUAUCUUCUGUUGCUUGGUCUACUUCCAUGCAUAUCUCCAUGCAUGCGUCCGAACAUGGUGGAAUUUGGGGCGGCAUCGGACCAGGGGCAGGUGUGAAAGCCUUUAGAUGUGGAUGCUCGUUCUGAGCAUUACACGAAUGUAAUAACAUUAUAAUAGCCAUUAGAACCAUUAAGCUAACCUUCCUCGCCGAUUCCAUUACUUUUUUUCCUUGCCUUUUAACCUAAAUUUUCCCUGCAAACUUUCGCAGGGGCGAUAUUUAGGCAAAAGUUGAAAACCAGAGUGAAUUUGGUUUUGAAUUAAAGAUAAUGUAUAUUAAUGGAUGAUUACAUAAGUGUUUUGGGUUGGAUGUGCUAUUAAUCAAUUUGCAUAUUUUUGGAAAAUUAGUUAUAAUUAGGUAGGAUUUGCUAAUAGUUACUCCUCUCAGUUUUCUU